GCUCGUAAUAUUCAAUAGGGUUUAAUUUGUGAAGAGAACUGAGAACAAACAUAGCAAUGGCUGCUGAAGAUAAUUGGCAAACGAAACUUCCAACUCUCGUCGAAAGAACUGAAUUCAUUUUCAACAACGAGUUAUUGAGUGAUGUAAAGUUUGUCGUUCCGGUGUCGACUGGUGAAAGCGAAAGUAAGAAGGUGAUCCCAGCUCACAAGUUUGUGCUUGCAAUUAGUAGUCCUGUAUUCUUUGCCAUGUUCUAUGGUCAAAUGGCGGAGACUAUAGACUCUAUUGAACUGCCUGACUGUGGGUACGAGAGUCUGUUGGAACUGUUCCGUUUCAUGUACAGUGACAAAGUGAAUCUAAGCGGAAAUAAUGUGAUGCAAGUGUUGUGCUUGGCGAACAAUUACAAGAUGCCUUCGCUCACCGAGAAAUGCACAGAGUAUCUUCGUGACAGCCUGAAGGCCUCGAACGUGUUUUGUAUUCUGCCACACGCACAGAAAUUUGAGGACAAAGAUUUAGAAGAUCGAUGCUGGAAAGUAAUUAAGGAGCAGACCGACGAAGUUGUGGCGUCAGACGAAUUUGUUACAAUUGAGCGAUCUUUUGUGGAAUCUGUUGUGAAGCGAGAAGAGUUGAAUGUAGAGGAAGUGGAACUUUUCAAAGCUGUUGAUCGCUGGGCCACAAAGGAAUGUGAAAGACAAGGGGUUACUUCCGAUGGGGAGACUAAGAGAAGACUUCUGGGAGAGGAAAUUGUGAAAGGAAUACGCUUUCCGCUUAUGCCACAGAAGGAUUUUAUAACGGUCGUAUUUGAUUCGCGAAUCUUGAGUUAUGAAGAGUUUGGAACCAUGAUAAAAUACUACAAUGGUGGUUUAACUACUCCUUUGCCGUUCUUAAAAGCCUGCAGAUUUGAUUCCACUACGCAACGAUGCAACAGAUUUCAAACGUUUCGUGCACCAUAUAAUCUCUGGGGUUACAGUGGUAAUGCUGACUCUAUCAUUCUCACCGUCGAGAAGCCUGUUAAGGUUUACGGAGUUCAGCAUUUUGGCUCCGAAGGCGGUGAGUAUACAGUUACAACGGACAUUGUUGAUCUCAUAACGAACACUUCGCUCGUGAGUCGAGCUGGAAAUUAUGCAUCAGAAAUUAUGCAUCAGAAUUAUGCAUCAGAAUUAUUCGAUACACAUGCCUAUUACGGCUUUGAUGUAAUGUUCGAUCGUCCAGUUAUUUUGAAGGCAGAUAAAGAGUACAAGGUAAAGUCGCUCAUCAAGGGCCCCAAAUCGUGGUACGGCGAAAGAGGGCAAACACCAGUGGAGUGCCAGGGAGUGCGAUUUACGUUUCGUAACUCGGCACCUGAAAAUAAUGGGACCAGUGAAACAGCAGGACAGUUUCCUGGAGUUUUGUUUACAGUUCCAAGUAGAAAUUCUAAGGUAACCUGAACCAUUUCUGUUAAAGUAGAGCCCAGUGAAAGUCUAUUGGGUCAGGUAGUAUUGGAUCAAUUGGAUCAUUCUUCUACGUUUAUAUAAAGUAUAAUGAAUUUUAACAACGCAGACGAAGUUUCUGGUAGCUAAAUGUUGUUUUAUUCAAUGGAAUUAAAUAUUUGGUUUGCCUUUUUUUUGCUUGCUUGCAAAUGUAAAAGGUCCAGUUUAAAUAUAUACCACGUUAGGAACUUCAGACAAAUACGUACCGAUAAAGUUGCAAACUAAUAAAUAUCAUUUGUGAAAAUUUUUUGUCGCAAACUCAGCGAGGACACUUUAGCACAGGCAUCACGAUUGGGACAAAAGAAAUCGGACAAAAGCGAGCCGACGCUGUCAGAUUCAUUGGUGUUAUCAACUGAGUUUAUAAUGCAGUAAAUGGUUUGAACCCGGGGUAACAUGUGAAGGUGUAGUCUGAUCGUCCGGGUGAGUGUAGUUGUACCCACACCAACGCAGCACCAGUUUCUUUAGAAGGUUAUUCCCAUAGUCAGUAGGAGGCUUAUAUUA